UGACAACAAGCCCGAGCGUGACCUGUCAACCCUGACCUCUGACAUCAGAGUGACCUGUCAACCCUGAUCUCUGACCCAUGACCUCUGACCCCUGACCUUGCUGCAGUGCCGGUGGCUGUCACGCCCCUCUGUGUGUCCUCUGCUGGACCAAUGAUGUGUACAUGUCUAAGACAUGGAUUGAAACGUGAAACCGUCAACAGCAUUUUGCACAGUGACUGUAUUCACUUUGUAAACUUGAUUUGAAAUGAUCUUGAUGAAAAGGUACUCCUGUGAUGGUGUUUUAAUGUUGUUUGGUUUGAUGUCAGUCAUGUGAUUUCCAGAUUGCGUGAACAAUAACAUCUGUUGUCAUUUGUAAUGUGUCCAGGUCUGGGGUACUGCCUGGCCUUCCUCCCCACUGUCACCCUGCUGUCUCAGUACUUCAACAGAAGGAGAUCCUUGGUCACCGCCCUGGCCUCCUCAGGGGAGUCCUUUGCCAUGUUUGCCUUCGCACCAGGUACGUUGCGGUUUCACAGUGUGUACCAAAUUGCGCCCUAUUCCCUAUGUAGUGCACUACUUUUGACCAGGGCCCAUAUAGGGUGCAGGGUGCUACAGUGAGGGAAAAAAAGUAUUUGAUCCCCUGCUGAUUUUGACAAAGACAUGAUCAGUCUAUAAUUUUAAUGGUAGGUUUAUUUGAACAGUGAGAGACAGAAUAACAACAACAAAAUCCAGAAAAACGCAUGUCAAAAAUGUUAUAAAUUGAUUUGCAUUUUAAUGAGGGAAAUAAGUAUUUGACCUGUCUGCAAAACAUGACUUAGUACUUGGUGGCAAAACCCUUGUUGGCAAUCACAGAGGUCAGACGUUUCUUGUAGUUGGCCACCAGGUUUGCACACAUCUCAGGAGGGAUUUUGUCCCACUCCUCUUUGCAGAUCUUCUCCAAGUCAUUAAGAUUUUGAGGCUGACGUUUGGCAACUCGAACCUUCAGCUCCCUCCACAGAUUUUCUAUGGGAUUAAGGUCUGGAGACUGGCUAGGCCACUCCAGGACCUUAAUGUGCUUCUUCUUGAGCCACUCCUUUGUUGCCUUGGCCGUGUGUUUUGGGUCAUUGUCAUGCUGGAAUACCCAUCCACGACCCAUUUUCAAUGCCCUGGCUGAGGGAAGGAGGUUCUCACCCAAGAUUUGACAGUACAUGGCCCCGUCCAUCUUCCCUUUGAUGCGGUGAAGUUGUCCUGUCCCCUUAGCAGAAAAACACCCCCAAAGCAUAAUGUUUCCACCUCCAUGUUUGACGGUGGGGAUGGUGUUCUUGGGGUCAUAGGCAGCAUUCCUCCUCCUCCAAAUACGGCGAGUUGAGUUGAUGCCAAAGAGCUCGAUUUUGGUCUCAUCUGACCACAACACUUUCACCCAGUUCUCCUCUGAAUCAUUCAGAUGUUCGUUGGCAAACUUCAGAUGGGCUUGUAUAUGUGCUUUCUUGAGCAGGGGGACCUUGCGGGUGCUGCAGGAUUUCAGUCCUUCACGGCGUAGUGUGUUACCAAUUGUUUUCUUGGUGACUAUGGUCCCAGCUGCCUUGAGAUGAUUGACAAGAUCCUCCCGUGUAGUUCUGGGCUGAUUCCUCACCGUUCUCAUGAUCAUUGCAACUCCACGAGGUGAGAUCUUGCAUGGAGCCCCAGGCCGAGGGAGAUUGACAGUUCUUUUGCGUUUCUUCCAUUUUCGAAUAAUCGCACCAACUGUUGUCACCUUCUCACCUAGCUGCUUAGCGAUGGUCUUGUAACCCAUUCCAGCCUUGUGUAGGUCUACAAUCUUGGCCCUGACAUCCUUGGAGAGCUCUUUGGUCUUGGCCAUGGUGGAGAGUUUGGAAUCUGAUUGAUUGCUUCUGUGGACAGGUGUCUUUUAUACAGGUAACAAGCUGAGAUUAGGAGCACUCCCUUUAAGAGUGUGCUCCUAAUCUCAGCUCGUUACCUGUAUAAAAGACACCUGGGAGCCAGAAAUCUUUCUGAUUGAGAGGGGGUCAAAUACUUAUUUCCCUCAUUAAAAUGAAAAUCAAUUUAUAACAUUUUUGACAUGCUAUUUUCUGGAUUUUUGUUUUUGUUAUUCUGUCUCUCACUGUUCAAAUAAACCUACCAUUAAAAUUAUAGACUGAUAAUUUCUUUGUCAGUGGGCAAACGUACAAAAUCAGCAGGGGAUCAAAUACUUUUUUCCCUCACUGUAUCUAGGGAAUAUGGUGCCAUUUCAGACGCAGACUAAUGAAUCUCAAAAGGCAGAUAUUGUGUCUGGUACUGUUCUAAAAGUAAAGCAUUGUGGAGGAGCGUAAAAAAACAUGAGUUUUAAAUGUUUCUAACAGUCAUUUGAAAGUGGAAGGAGAUUUAAAACCACAUAUCUCCUCUUCUCCUCUGCAGCCUUCAUGGCCUUGAAGGAGGUCAUCGGCUGGCGCCACUGCCUCAUCGUCAUCGGCAUCAUGCAGACCUCCGUGAUUGGCUGCGGCGCUCUGCUUCGACCAAUCAUCAUCAGGCCUAACCAGGAAGUGUCAUUGGAGUUGUCCAAUAAGAGGAAGCUGUCCGUUAAGCUGCAGACGGUGUACGAGCUGGAGAAUGAGGAUACCCAGACCAACGUUAGCUCCGGGGAGUCUGAGGAGUCAGGGGAUUCUGGGGUCACCUCUCUGUCCGCCUCCAGUGCUGACAUCCGGGCCACCACAGCCACACAGGACCCCUCUGAGACCUGGGCCCUCAUGGAGGACCAAAGGGAGAAGAACCAGGGGGGACAGGCAACCCUUGGAACCCCACUGAAGCAGCUGGAGGCUGGGGAGAAAGAGCAGGGUGAGCUGGGUCCCCUGGUCCAACCCGCCAGACCUAAACUCCUAGACUUCUCGGUGUUAAAAGAUGGAGCGUUCAUCUGCUACUCUCUGUUCGGCCUCUUCGCCACGCUGGGGUUCUUCGCCCCUUCGCUUUACAUCAUAGAGCUCAGUAAGAGCCGUGGCGUCCACACCGAAAAGGCUGCCUACAUGCUCUCCGUAAUGGCGGUGUCUGAGGUCUGCGGGCGCCUGUCCAUCGGGGUCAUUUUAAACAAGGUGCGGAUGCGUAAGACCCAGGUGCUUCUGGGAUGUGUAGUUCUGCUGUGUCUGGUGCUGUUAGCCUUCACCCUGGUGACUGAGUUCUGGGGCCUGGCAGCCUGCUGCUGUCUCUAUGGCUUCCUGAUGGGCACUGUGGGCUCUACACACAUCCCCAUGCUGGCAGAGGACGACGUGGUGGGCAUAGAGAGGAUGCCCUCGUCCGUGGGGGUCUAUGUGUGUAUACAGAGCUUUGCUGGGCUGGCCGGACCACCGCUGGGAGGUAAGAGACUCUAGCUGAUUUACUCUGUCUGGAUCUUAGUCUUCACUUUGUAGCUCUCUCUCUCUCUCUCUCUCUCUCAUUGUCUGUCUGUAACCCUCUCUCUUGAACUGAUCUAGAAGGUUUUGAUUGCUACUGCGCCAACCUGAUGAUCUUGAAGGGUCUUGCCAGAUCUUUAGGUGUCUCUGACGUUGCCUCCUGUGUGUUUUUUCCCCCAGGCCUGUUGGUGGAUAUGACCCAGAACUACGGCUCAGCCUUCUACUCCUGUGCUGUGGGAAUGGGCCUGGGCGCCAUCUUCCUCGCCAUGGUGGGACCAGCCAAGUCCGGCCUCUGCCACCGCGGGAAGACGAGAAAACAGGAGGAGGAGAAAGAAGGAGAGGAGGAGGAGAGGAGAGGAGGAGAGGAGGAGGAGGAGAAGGUUUCUCAGGACAGUGGAUCAACAGAUUAUCUAGACGUUGAUCUGGUUAUGGAGACCAGUCCGGCUAAACGGUCCCUAAAACAGGAGACCAACGCGGUCUGA